AUGUUUCGCAAGGAACGAGGAAAACUUUUAAAUAUCAAAAGCUUUCUUUCUCGAGGAACAUAUUUUUUGCUUUUAUUUACGUGUUUGUUAGAAGCAGAUGCUAAAGUCUCAAAUAAUAAUACUAUUGCUACUAAUAGACUCCGAGGAAUUCCAAAGUCAAAAAUACACCUAUACGAACAGACAGACGCGGAUUGGGCGUGUUUAGACGGUUCAGCUAGAAUACCAUAUGACGCUAUAAAUGAUGAUUUUUGUGAUUGUACUUCUGCAUGUAUGAAUGGACGAUUUUAUUGUGAGAAUGAAGGUCAUAUUCCCGCGUACAUCGAUUCUUUUCGUGUUAACGAUGGAAAAUGUGAGCCGGAAUGUUGUGAUGGCUCAGACGAAUAUGACGGAAAAAUCCAAUGCCCAAAUAGUUGUGAACAAGUCGGUGCCGAACAUCGUGAACGAUUAAGGGAAAUUGCGAGAAUACAGGCCGAGGGCGCUCGAAUAAAACGAGAAUAUAUCGAACAUGGUAGAAAGUUAAGAUCAGAGCAGCAAGCAAAUUUAGAAAGGUUGCAAGUCGAACUCGCUGCCGCGGAAGCAAGAGUGAAAGAGCGUAAAGAGGCUUUAGAAAAAGCUGAAGAGGAAGAAAGAAAACAGAAACAACUUAACACAAAAACAACUGCCAGACGUGAAGCACUAAAGAAAUGCAAAGAACGCGUUGAAUCAUUACAUGAACGCAUCGAUAAACUACACGAAAACAUUGAUACAUUGCUCAAAAUUUUCAGAGAUCUAAAAAAUGAUCAUAACCAAAAUUACCAUGACAUGGCUGUCAAGACUGCGAUUGCGGGUUAUGAUGAGUUUCUCAAAGAAUAUGAGAACGAAAGAGACGAGAAUUUGUCGGAUGAAUUAGAUGAUGAAGAUAAUGAUAAUGAAGAUAACGAAGCAGAAGAUAUAACACCACCGGGACAUUCACUUGAAAAAGAUGAAUCUUCACUUCUAGGGUCAAUAAUCGAUGCAGCUAAAUCCACUUAUAAUGAUAUUAUGGAAUCCAUUGGUUUAGAUGUUUUCACUUUUUCCAACGGGACAAAACAAAAAUCCGCAGUUUCUGGAAUUUCUAAAGAGGUUAUAGCUGUACGUGAUAGUCUUAAUACAGCAGAAAAUGAACAACGUGAAAUCGAGAAUCAUAUCAAUGACAUCAAUGGCAAACUUGCCAGAGAUUACGGACGCAACGAUGAAUUUGCAAAAUUAGACGGUGAAUGUUUUGAACAUGGUACUGGAGAGUACACGUAUUCGUUUUGUCUAUUUGGUAGAGCAACUCAACGUAGCAAUAAGGAUUAUUCAUCCACAGAUUUAGGCAACUAUGGACGAUGGAUCGGAGCCGAAUCUCAAGACGAUCCUGCAUAUUACACUAAACAAAUUUACGAGCAUGGAGUAAAAUGCUGGAAUGGUCCAGCGCGAUCUCUUAAAGUAACAUUUGAAUGCGCGUCUGAGAAUAAGAUUGUUGCCGUGUCUGAACCAGGAAAAUGCGAAUACGUGAUGAAAAUGAAAACUCCGGCUGUUUGUCCCGAUGGUGAAGAAGAUAAAAAUAAUCAAAAGAAUGCUGGGGCUCAUGAUGAACUAUAA